AUGUCUGGCUGCCACAGUGGUGGUGCUGGAGGUACGCCCAGGUGCAGGUUCGUUCGCCGUGCCAGCCACCUGAGCCCUCUCCCACCUCCGGUCCUUUCGACUAAAUCUCGACACUGGGCCCAGGUGGAGGAGGAGGAGGAGGAGGAGGAGGAGUGUGUGCAGCAGAUACAACGCAAGUCUGGCAUCACGACAGACGAACUGUCAUCAUAG